GGUGCUACUGCCUACUAGUAGAGCAUACGCACACACGACACACCCUCCUGCCUGCCAUUACAAACCACCCACCAUUUUCGUACACCACGCGAGAUCAGGGCACCCGGCCCAGGCCAGCCUCCCCCAGCUCCACCACGGGACCAAGAAGCUCGAGGGCAGCCAUGGCCGGCGCCUCCGCCAGCAGCACCCGCAAGGGCGGCAUCAAGGCCUACUGGAAGCACCGCGGGUACGACCGCCUGGACGCGGCCGCCGCGCAGCGCCGCCCGGCCCUCGCCACGGCCGAGCUCGGCGCCGGGGGCGGGGAGGCGACCGCGACCGCGGGCCGUCGGCGCGGGUGGCGCGUGCGGCGCCGCGGCCUCGGGCGGCGCCUUCUGCGCGCGCUCUCGCCGCGGCGGCUGCUCUCGCGGCUCCGGGACGCGUACGUGAGCGCCAUGCUCCGGCUCGCGUCCUCCGCCGCCGUGGGCUACGGGAGCGCUCCCUUCUGCGCCGCCCCCGAGCCCUUCGCGCGGCCGCGGCCGCUCAAGGAGUACGAGGAGAAGGUGCUGGUGGAGAUGUACCGCUCCAUCCUGGCCCGCGGCGGCGUCAUUCCUCUCUCCGGCGACGCCUCCCUGGUGGUCAGCCCCGCCCCGCUGCCGGCCACGGCCACCGUGGCCUGAGCGCCCACACCGGUCGACUGAGCGCGGCCCGGACGCUAGCUUGUCACGCCAUUUGCACCUUCGUCUCGCCGCGCAGAACUCGUGAACUGUACUAGCACCAUCUACUAGCGUGUAUGUUGGAAUUUCUGCGGUACUACGUCUUGCUGCAAUUUGCAAAAUGGUCUACCUACGUGAUUGCUCAAGUGAUCUUCCGUUU